AUGAAGAUCACUGUAACUGGUCAGGGGAUCACGGGCUACAUGGCAAGCGAUUACUUCAAAAGACUUCUUUUCGAGAAUGCGCACGGUCCCCGCCCCCGAGUCUCGGACAAAACUCCUCUGCUUCCCACCCUGCCCUCACAACCCAUGCACGCCCACGCCCACGCCGCCCUGGCUCGCCGCAGCAUCUCCUUUUCCUCUGACGUCACCUGGACUGUCACCGCCCCCCGCAAGCCUCUCCUUGAUCGUCGCUGCUCCCUCGCCAAGGCAGGCGGGGAUCCAUCGAGCAGGAGCGGAGCAGAGGAGACGAGGAUGGAGCAGCGGAAACGAAGGCGUGCGGGAGCCAGGCCAGAGCUAGGGAGGAAGGAAGCUGGGGAGAAGGCAGGCAUGCUGCUGGAGGCAGUGAUGAUUGCGAGGAGGAAGAGCUUCGGGCAGUGCGUGGAGUAA